AUUAGCCUGCCGUAACACAGUUAAUUACUUUAAUUAUGUGUGAACUGUAACCAAGGCAACGAGAGAUGAGUAAUUUUUAGUAGUGUGUUUCAUAGAAGAUGAUUCUUGGUAUAAUUGUGACCCAUUUAGAAAAUUUAAAAUUGUUUAGGUGAAUUUAGACAACCCACCUAAUAAACUGUUCGUCUUUCGGGUUAAAUGCGAUUUAGAAAAUAAUGUGAUAUGGGUUGGAGUGAAAUUAAAGGAUGGUACUAUGGAAAAAGUAAAUUAGAGAAGGUGCUUUUGUGUUGCGUUUCGUUCUUGGUUGUACUAAUAAUUGUUUUGUUUGUGUGUUUCUUGACUUCACACGACAAUGAAGUCUGCACAAACCCAGAAUGCAUUCGUGCCUCAGUUCAUCUACUAGACUCAGUCGAUCUAGACGCAGAUCCUUGCGAAGACUUCUAUGCCUUCGCGUGUGGAAAUUUUGUUAAAAACGCUUUCUCAAAGGGGCAUCCAACCAGCCUGUAUGCGCUAAAUGAGCUGACGACGAAUCAGUUAAAACAAAUUGUAGUAGAAGAUAGAAAUAAUUCAGACUUACCAAGAACUGUGGUGUUCCAAAGACAAUUUUAUAAAGCUUGCAUGGACACCGAAGAGAUUGAGAAGCAUGGAGAUGAGAGAAUAUUUAAUCUUUUAGAUGAGGUGGUAGGUGGCUGGCCCAUACUGAAGAUGGCCAACUGGAAUGAAGCAAAUUAUGACUGGAAAAAACCCAUGAUAGCUGCUAGAAAACUGGGUCUGUUCCAUCAGUUUUUCAUCAGUGUUGAACUUUAUCACAAUUAUACCAAACAGUAUACCAAUGGCAAGUCCUUUCUUUGGCUAAGACCACCAUCAAGCACUGAGAUAGUAUCAUUCCAUUUCAAUGACACAAGUGUUGAAUUUAUCCACAAUAUUGCCAAAUUACUUGGUGCUGACAGUGUAGACGUGAAGCAGGAACUUCGUAUUACAAAUACUUUUGCCGAAAAUCUCAGAGUUAUUGCGGAAAAAUAUGAAAACAAAACACAGGUUCAAAACAGUAAGGAGAAAACGAAAAUAUCUAUAAAAGAGAUUGAUCAUAAGUUACUGAAAGUAGACUGGUUAAAUUUCCUCAGAGAUAUGACAGGAAUUCAUUUGAGUGGUAAAGAAAAAGUAAUAUUUGACAUCGACGAUUAUUUAACAGAUUUAUAUUAUUUAUUCCACCGGACACAUAAAAAAGAUCAAGCAAAUUUUGUAGCUUGGAUAAUUCUAUCAACAAACAUAAAUUAUUUACCAGAAAAAAUUAGAGACCAAUAUGAUGAAAUUUUGACAAACGAUGAAAAUAAAAAGGAGUCAUCAAGGAAAGAUCAAUGUUAUAAAUUAAGUACGGGAUUAUUUAAAAUGAUUGCUGAAUCUGAAUAUAUACGCAGAUACACCACACCAGUCAAAAAACAUGAAAUCCAAUCGAUGAUUGACUACAUCAAAGCAGAAAUGAAAGACGCCAUAAAAUCAACCCAAUGGAUAGACAUCCACAGUAGAUCCAAUGCUUUGAGAAGAUUGGAAAACGUAACGACUUAUAUUGGAUGGUUGGACGUGGCUUUUAAUUUGACUAAAUUAGAAGAAUUAACUGGUUUUAAUAAGGUUAAACAUUUUCCGGAAAAUGGUCUUGCUAUUGAUAUGGCGAUGGUGGCAUUAAAAACAAAAUACGACAAAUUUUACUCGCAAAUUCAUCAUAAGAUAAAUGAACUGGAAACCUUAACUAACCCCAAGGUGGAGGUCAAUGCCUAUUACAUGUACAAGUACAAUGUAUUAAUACUGCCUGCUCCAAUUUUACAAGGGAUAAUUUUCAAUCUCCACCGUCCCAACUAUAUGAAUUAUGGAGCACUGGGAUCAGUGAUAGGACAUGAACUAACGCAUGGAUUUAGCAUAAUGUAUGAAAGAAAUGAAGAUGAUGAUUAUGAAAAGCUUUGGACGAACGGAACUUUAGAAAAGCGAGGAGAAAUAGUAGAAUGUAUUAAAAAUAGCUACGAUGACUUCAGUAUAGAACAGGGAAGACAAUCAGACAACUCGACAAGUACUGAAGAAAACAUAGCAGACUUUAACGGAGUAAAUCUAGCAUAUAACGCUUACCGAAAUUGGAUAAGAGACCACGGUGGCGAACCAGUGCUUCCCGGUAUCAAAUUCACACCAAAUCAAAUAUUUUGGAUCAUGGCCAGUACGUAUAUGUGCUACGAACCUGAAUUGGCUGACAAGGAUACGGUGCUUGGUAAAGAUAAGUACCAUGGAGCACCAAAGUUUAGAGUACUCGGAAGGAUAAUAAAUUCACCAUAUUUUGCGUACGAUUUUAAAUGUCCAGAAGGUUCUAAGAUGAAUCCCAGAGAAAAAUGUCGAAUAUUUAUAUAAAUUUAGGAGAAAAAAUUAAUUGAAUCUUAGAAUAAACAGUAACAGUCUUUAAAUCUUCUAAUUUAAAGUUUGCC